CACACAGUAUCCUCAGCUUUCGACAGGCGCAUCCUUUGCACCCUCGCAGGAAAUCGCGUGAAUUCGUCGUGGCUUACCGGCACACUUUCUGUUUGAUUUUUCCGCAAUUGCUGCUAAGUCGAGUGUCCAUAAUUGACAGUCCUGUCAGUCGAAAUCACGUCAAAUUGAGGCCGUGGAAAAAUAGGGCCGGCGAAGUGUGUGAUUGGUGCCUGACUUGUUGCCAGAUUUCUGGUGGCCCCGGUGAAAUCAUCUGAAAGGUGGAGGAGCCAAUUGCUAAUUAGCCGAAGGCGUGGCUGUCAAGUGAACGUAUAAAUCACCCUAAAAAAGCACAAAAAUCAAAUUACCCACCAUCAAUAAUCAAAAUAAAACAAGGAUUAGAGCAAAUUGAAAUCAAAGCAAAUACCAAAAGCUAAUGCAGUGGAAAUCAAAGCCGUAAAAACACCAAACUGAAAGCCAAUCAAGGGUUGUUGAAUGGUUUCUGCCCAACAAAAGCAUAAAAAGUGAAAAUAUUGUUUUUGCCAACCGACCGACAAACCAACAACUAACGUUUAAAAAAUAUAUAAAUUAAACAGUGAAAUAUAUACUAGCAUAAAGCCCAGAAUAAAAGAAGAUUUUUUAAACUAGGGGGUGUGCAUCAGUGGUAGCCAACAGCCUACCAUUCAAAUAGCCACAAUAAAUUUUAUUUUAAAUAAAUUAAAAAAUUGGAUGUCACAAAAACAGAAAGACACAACAAUAUCAUAAUAAAAAUCAAAACGCUUACAGCGAUAAAAAAGUUUUUUCAGAUUUGUGCGUGAUUCAUAAGUAACAUUGAAUGCAGGCAACUGAUUCAAAUUAAUCCUAAUUAGAUAAACUGAAAAAGAAUAGCAUAUGCUUAUUUAACCAGUGAUAAAAACUUAACUUAAUCGGGAUUCGUUUGACCCAAAUCCAUGUUAAUCGGAAACAUACAGCAAUUUGAUCAAAAUGCAAACGGCAAGAAGCAGCGGCAAUUUUAUUGACAACAAAAUGGCGGAUUGCAUAUAAAAUGCAAUAAAUAGCAAAUGGCAAAAUUUCAAACGGCAAUAGCCAUAAAUCGAUGGUAUAAAUGCAUUAAAGUGCGGCGUAUUCCGCUUACCAUAUAUAUACGUUCAAAAUUAUACAGCCCUGUGCAGUUGUGUGUUUGUGCUGGCGCCGCUUAAUUGAGCAUGCAUUAAAAUAAUAGCAAAUAUAAAUUAAUCUCGUCAUAAAGUAUAAAAGAAUGCUUACAUAGUUUAGGCUUCUGAAACAUUGAAAGCCGCGGGGAAAAAGUCUGUGUAUAUUUGUGUUUACAUAAAUAUCAGUGCUCGUGUGUGUGACUGUGACAGUGAAAUAAAUGCUUUAAUUAAAUGCAUGGCAUAAACAAUCGGCCAGCUCGGAUUACCAUUGGGAAUACGCAGACAAAAAAUAAUCACUGGACGACCAACUUCGUCGCGUCUGCAGACCUAAUAAACUUCUCACACCCCUAAUUGAAAAGCCAAGAUUCAGCAAUCUAACCUAGAUCAGAACAACUUAAGCUGGAUUCAAUGGGAAGCUCAAAAUCGCAAUAAUUGACAAAUCCAGUUAAAAACUGUCCAAUUCCCCAAAAGCGAACACAAAACCGGCAGUAAAAAUAACUUAAAGUCCAGGCCAAAAGAGUAGGGCAAGAAACAAGGGAGACUGAGUCCUAAAAUUGGCCCAGAAAAUUGCAUAAAAUUGCAACUAGCCAACGGGAAGCGGAGAAGUGACAGGGAGAGAUACGACGACGAUAGCCAAAGGACGCAGACCGGAUAAAUCCGAACGGGGUCAGUCAUUUAGUGCACGAUUGCAGCCCAGACCAACGAACUGAAAGUUUAAUUGCCUCUGUUAUUCGAAAAGGGAGCAGGAAAGCGGGAAAGGCAAGAAAAGCAGUCCAGGCGAAUGCAACAAUUAAAACCAAAAAGUUUUGGACAAGAUGCUGCUGCCCACGCCGUGGCGACAACAAAUCCCAACUGCUGAGCACAUCCAUCGACAGCCCAUCCGAGCCUAAGAUCCUGUGCAGAAUCAAGGAUACGACUGGCGCACAAUCCUUCGAGCGAAAGAAACGGACUGAGACUGAGAGCAAGAAAGGGGGAGAAAGCACGCUGGCGAGUGGCGGGGCUUUUAAAUCGUCUGCUUCUAAUUUGAAUGGACUCAGCCGCAUUCGACAUUCAAAUGCAUAUUUGGAAACUUUUGUUAAUUGUUACAAAAUUUGUACGCAUUGGUAUUGCCGACAAAAACGACUCACCGCCAUAUUUCGAUAGAUUUCUGUACGAGACUGAAAUCGAUGAAAAUGCCGAUUUGCAGAGCACAGUCCUCACUGUCAACGCCAAGGAUCACAAUGAGUCGACGAAUAUUCGAUACCAGAUCACAGGCGGUAACAUAGGCAAUGCCUUCGCCGUAGAAAAUACCACCGGUGUCAUUUACGUGGCAAGUCCACUUGACUACGAAACGCGGCCAAGGUUCGAACUGCGCCUGGAGGCAACUCGAAAUCGCAAAAACAAUUACACCACCGUUGUGAUCAACGUUCGCGAUGUCAACGAUAAUCCACCGGUCUUCGAUCGUCAAACAUAUCGCACACAAAUCACAGAGGAAGACGAUCGCAACUUGCCCAAACGCAUACUGCAGGUCACAGCCACCGAUGGCGAUGUAGAUAGACCAAUAAAUAUUGUAUAUUUCCUGACUGGCCAGGGCAUCGACCCUGAUAAUCCAGCGAAUAGUAAAUUUGAUAUAAAUCGCACCACGGGCGAUAUUUUUGUACUCAAGCCCCUGGACAGAGACCAGCCCAAUGGCAGGCCACAGUGGCGCUUCACAGUAUUCGCCCAGGACGAGGGCGGCGAGGGCCUGGUGGGCUACGCGGACAUCCAGGUCAAUCUGAAGGACAUCAACGACAAUGCGCCGCAGUUUCCGCAGGGCAUCUACUUUGGCAACGUCACCGAAAACGGCACCGCCGGCAGCUCGGUGAUGACCAUGUCCGCCGUCGACUACGACGAUCCCAACGAGAGCACCAAUGCCAAGCUAAUCUACUCGAUUGAGAAGAACGUCAUCGAGGAGGAGACGGGGGCGCCCAUCUUCGAAAUCGAACCGGAGACGGGUCUCAUCAAGACGGCGGUCUGCUGUCUGGACAGGGAGCGCACGCCCGACUACUCCAUCCAGGUGGUUGCGAUGGAUGGCGGCGGCCUGAAAGGCACCGGGACCGCCUCGAUUCGCGUCAAGGACCUCAACGACAUGCCGCCGCAGUUCACCAAGGACGAGUGGUUCACGGAGGUGGACGAAACGAAUGGCACUUACAUCCCAGAGACGCCCAUUCUCACGGUGACCGUUCAGGACGAGGACGAGACCAACACGUUCCAGUACAAAGUGGUGCCGAACAGCGGUUUCGGGGCGGACAAGUUUGCGAUGGUGCGGAAUGCCGAUGGCACGGGCUCGCUCAAAAUCAUACAGCCACUGGACUACGAGGAUCCGCUGCAGAGCAGUGGAUUCCGGUUUCGCAUCCAGGUGAACGACAAGGGCGACGAUGGACCCGGUGGCAGUGACAAGUACCACGUGGCCUAUUCCUGGGUGGUGGUUAAGCUGCGCGACAUUAACGACAAUGUGCCCAAGUUCGAUCGGGAGCACAUUGAGGUCUCCAUCUAUGAGGACACGAAAGUGGGAACGAUUCUCGAGCAGUUCAAGGCCACUGAUGCCGAUCAAGGAGGUCACUCCAAAGUUCUUUACAAAAUAGUUCGGGCCACGAAUCGUAAAAGACAGUUUGCCAUAAGCGACAAGGGAGCUGUCAGCAUACAAAGACCUUUGGACAGGGAAACCCUGGAUCGGCACCACAUUCAGAUCCUAGCCAUUGACGAUGGCAACCCUGCUCGAACUGCGACGGCAACCCUAACAGUGAUAGUCAAGGAUGUCAAUGAUAAUGCUCCGACCUUUGCCCAGGACUACAAGCCCACUUUGCCGGAGAAUGUGUCUGGCAAGAAAAUUCUGGAGGUGGCUGCCAAGGAUGCAGAUGAUCGACUGAGAGGCAAUGGAGGGCCCUUCACCUUCCGAUUGGAUCCUCUGGCCAGCGACGAAAUAAGAGCUGGCUUCAAAGUGGAAUACGAUCGCAGAGGUGACAAUGGAAACGGGGUGGCUAUCGUCUCAUCCCUUCGACCCUUUGAUCGCGAGGUGCAGAAGAGCUAUGCCAUACCCAUCGAAAUCAAGGAUAAUGGAGCUCCGGCGAUGACAGGCACCAGUACCUUGACCGUGACCAUCGGCGACGUAAAUGAUAACAAAAUGCAGCCGGGCAGCAAGUCCGUUUUGGUUUACAACUACCAAGGACAGUCCCAGGACACGCAGAUAGGCAGGGUCUACGUCAACGACCCGGAUGACUGGGAUGUUCCGGACAAGAAAUACUACUGGGAGAUCAAGGAACACCAGCGCUUUAAGCUAGACACGGACACGGGAAUCCUUACGAUGAGAGCGGGAACCCGAAGAGGUCGCUAUCAGCUGAAAUUCAAGGUCUACGAUCGCGAACAUGGCCAGGAGGACAUACCCGCCAAUCUGAGCGUUACAGUGCGCGACAUAACAGCGGAGGCCGUGCAGCAAGCCGGCUCCAUGAGAUUGGCCCACAUAACGGAUGAGGACUUCGUGAGGACUUGGAAUCCGGUUAAGAAUCAAGUGGAACCCUCUAAGUUAGAAAGAUUUCGAAACAAGCUCGCCGAGUUGCUGUACACGGAUCGCGACAACGUGGACGUAUUUAGUGUCCAGCUGAAGGAGGGUUCUCCCUAUCCCCUGACCGACGUCCACUUUGCAGCCCGUUCCGCAACGCAGCAACCAUAUUUCAAGGCUGUUCGCUUGAAUGGCGUGGUGCAGAUGCACCGUGAGGAGAUCGAGCACGAAGUGGGCUUGAACAUCACCAUGGUCAAUAUCAAUGAGUGCUUGCACGAGGGGAAGGGAAAGUGCGGUGCUGGUUCGUGCACCUCCAAGGUGGAGUUGGGCAAAAAACCGUAUACGGUCAGUGUGAAUCGCACCGCUUUGGUGGGCGUUCGCUUGGACAUCAGUGCCCAGUGUGUCUGCCGGGCCAGGAACUUUACCAACCAGGAUCACAGCUGCAGAACCCAUCUGUGCUACAACGGAGGACGAUGCGUGGAGACCCGCAAUGGUCCCAAGUGUGUGGCCUGUCCGGUGGGCUACAAUGGCCCUCGAUGCCAGCAGUCCACCAGGAGCUUUCGCGGCAAUGGCUGGGCCUGGUAUCCCCCCCUGCAGCAAUGCCAGGAGUCCCACCUCAGUUUGGAGUUCAUCACUCGCGUGGCCGACGGCUUGAUACUCUACAACGGACCCAUUGUCCCACCCAAACCUGAGGAAACCGUGAUCAGCGACUUCAUAGCCAUCGAACUGGAGCAGGGCUAUCCGCGACUCCUCAUCGAUUUCGGCUCGGGAACCCUGGAACUGAGGGCGAAGACCAAGAAGACCCUGGAUGACGGUGUCUGGCAUCGCCUGGACAUAUUCUGGGACUCCGAAAAUGUCAGAAUGGUAGUGGACUUUUGCCGCACUGCCCUGGUCAGCGAAAUGGAGGACGGCACUCCGCCGGAAUUCGAUGAUAAUGCCUGCCAGGCGAGAGGACUAAUUCCGCCGUUUUCAGAGGCCCUCAAUCUGAAUCAGCCACUGCAACUGGGCGGCCUCUACAGGCAGCACUUUGACCAAACACUGUACAAUUGGCAGUAUGCUUUCAGCUCCAAGGGCUUCGAUGGUUGUAUCCGAAAUGUAAUCCAUAAUUCCGAGCACUAUGACUUGGCCUUUCCCGCUUUAGCCAGGAACAGUUUUCCGGCCUGUCCGCAGACCGAUGAAGUUUGCCUGAAAACCGAGCACACUGCCCGUUGCUGGGAGCAUGGAAACUGUGUAGCCAGCCUGGUUCAGGCCAAGUGCCAUUGUCAGCCGGGCUGGAUGGGCCCGGGCUGCAAUGUGCCCACCAUUCCGACCACUUUCAAGGCCCAGAGUUAUGUGAAGUUCGCCCUAAGCUUCGAGCCAGACCGAUUUUCCACCCAGCUGCAGCUGAGGUUUCGAACUCGCGAGCAGGGUGGCGAGCUCUUCCGGGUUAGUGAUCAACAUCACCGGGAGUACGCCAUCCUGGAGCUCCGCCGGGGCCACCUUCAAUUCCGCUAUAACCUAAACUCCCUGCGGAACGAGGAGCAACUGCUGACCCUAACAGCCAUCGCUGUCAACGAUGGCCAGUGGCAUGUGAUUCGCAUUAGUCGAUACGGAUCGGCGGCCCUAAUGGAACUGGACGGCGGGGAGUCGAGGCGGUACAACGAGUCCUUUCACUUCGCAGGACACCAGUGGCUGAGCAUCGACAAGCAGGAGGGCGUCUAUGCGGGCGGCAAGGCCGAGUACACGGGAAUUAAGACCUUUGAGGUGCAGUCCGACUUUCAAAGGAGCUGCUUGGACGACAUCAGGCUGGACGGAAAGCACCUGCCCCUGCCGCCCGCCAUGAACGGCACCCAGUGGGGCCAGGCGACGAUGGCCCGCAACCUGGAGCGCAACUGCCCCUCGAAUAGGCCCUGCUCGAAUGUCAUCUGCCCGGAUCCCUUUGACUGCGUCGACCUGUGGAACGAAUACGAGUGCACCUGCAGCGAGGGUCGCAUCAUGUCCUCCGACACCAAGGGCUGUGUGGACCGCAACGAGUGCCUGGACCUGCCCUGCCUGAACGGAGCCACCUGCAUCAAUCUGGAGCCCCGGCUGCGCUACCGAUGCAUCUGUCCGGAGGGCUACUGGGGCGAGAACUGCGAGCUGGUCCAGGAGGGGCAGCGCCUGAAGCUGAGCAUGGGCGCCCUGGGGGCCAUAUUCGUUUGCCUGAUUAUCAUACUGAUUCUAGCCCUGAUCUUCGUGCUCUAUAGCCGCAAACGCAAGACGACCAAGAAGAAGAAGCGCUCGGGCCCCGAGAAGGACGUCCGGGAGACGGUAAUCAGCUACGAGGACGAGGGCGGCGGCGAGGACGACAUGACGGCCUUCGACAUCACGCCACUGCAAAUACCAAUCAGCGCCCAGGGAGGACCGCCGGACAUCGCCGCCUGCAAGAUGCCCAUAAUCUACCCCGUGAUGACGCUGCUGCCACCUGGCCAGGAGCUGAACGUGGCCUAUCUGAUGGAGGAGCGGAAGCAGCGCAUCGACAAGGACAACAACGCGCCGCCCUUCGACGACCUGCGGAACUUCACCUUCGAGGGCAGCGGCAGCAUCGCCGAGUCGCUGAGUUCGCUGGCCUCAGGCACUGAUGAUGAGAAUCAAGACUUUAACUAUCUACAGAACUGGGGUCCACGUUUCAAUGCCCUGGCCGCCAUGUACGUGCACGACAAGGCGAAAGCCAAGCAGCUGCCGGCGGAUGGCGGUGGGGGAUCUGCGGACGGACCAGGAGCCUCAUCAUCGUCGCCCUUGGGAGCAGGAGGAGGAGCCGGGAUGGCAGGCGACGUCCUCGCGGUGGUGGCCACCGGAAGUGGGGCAGGUCCUGGAGGCGGUGGCGGUGGCGGUGCCAGCGGGCUAGUGCCGCUGCCCGAAGGCGACAAAGUUGUAUUAUAAAAAUAAAUAGCUAAGUUGUAGUUAAAAUGAUGUUUCAGCUGUAAGCCCGAUGGAAGGUGGAAACCCCUGACCGAAACAGGUGUUUUGUGGAAUCGUGUGUCUGGUUAGAGUUAAUUGUAUGUACAUGUGGCUCACAGUGGAAUUUAAGACUAACUUAAGGUUUUAGGUGUUUUCGCAUGUAAGAUAUUGGGGGCUCACAUAAAGGCCAUUAGAGGUCAUUGCUAAAGAACCCUCAUUUCUUUCGUAAUUGUUAAUAUUUCAAAAUCAUGGUUUUAAAUUAUGUGUUGAAAAUAGGAAAAUGUAUUAAUAAUGUUAACUGGUCUUCUAAAUAGAAAUGGCUACAACUUUUUGAAUGUUUUGGUUGUUGAAAUAUGUUGGCCUGUGCAAUUUAAGAUCUUUGAAAUCCACGAGAAAGGUUCAUCAAUCCUUCUAAGCCACCUUCUUUCACUGGACUUUCUGUGUCUUCCUUUCAAGUCUCAUCUUCUCGAUGAUAUUCAACUGAACCAACUGAGAAUCAAUAAAUAAAAUGAUACGAUUAAGCAUACUAUACAAUGAAAAAGAGUUUAUAAAACUUGCUACAUAUUAGUUAAAGACCCUGUAUAAAUACGGCGUUAGCUCUCUAGCACGUAAGUUGGACCGAACUAAAGCGGGAUUUGUCCCCUCCUCCCAGAAAUUGUUGAGCGUUGCAACUUUUGUGUGCCACCGACAGGGGAACGUGUCCGUUUGCCACCGCCCAGGUGGCACCUGAAAACCGAAAACCCGAAAACCAACGCUGAAAGCUGCCACCGAACCCAUGCAGCCGCAAAAGUUUGCAGAGCAAGGUAGAAAUUUAAUAAGAGGCGAAAUCAUAACUAACUUUGGUGAAAAUGAAAGGUAAAUGGCGGGAACUCUACUGUAACAUAAUUUUGUACAUACUAAAUUCCGUAAUUCUACAAUUAAUUAAUGGCUAUCAUAGCGAAGAUCAGAAGGGAAACCAACUAAUAGACUAAUUAACUACAAUUAAACCUACACUUAAAUACCGACAUAACAGAAGCCGAAACCAAAUACGAGUGUUGAUCAAACCAAUUUCAUAUUUCUGCAUUUACUAGCAACUACACAACCAGUACAGAAAAUGAAAGUAUUAAUAACAGCAUUGUAAUAUGUAUUUAAUUAUGAGUGGUACACGAAACCAAUGGUUAAUUACAAUUACGUUAGUUAAUGGACAAUUUGUUAGUAGUUAGCAUCUAAGCAUAAUUUUUAAAAAAUCAAUAAAGCCCCAAAACAAAAUAAACAAAAUU